AGUUACAUUGAUGUUUAUUCGGCAUGGCUCGAAAGAGAUAAGUCUUGUGUUUCUCUGCCUACUCCAAGUCUCUGCAUUAGGUUGUCGCAAUGGCAAGUGUAUCAAAGAAGUUAGAAUGCAAGGACUUACACGGUUAUUUGAAAACUUUACCUAGUACUAUACUCGACAAGCUUUACAAUCAUCCUGCUACCUGUCUUGCUGUGUUUAGGCAGCUUCCUCAACUUUCCAAGCAUUAUGUAAUGCGAAUGCUAUUUAUUGAGCAACCGGUAUCCCAAUCAGCUGUAGGACUCUGGGUAACAAAUAAACAUAAUGAGGAACACAAAUUUGCUGCAAAAGUUCUCUCGGAGCUGAGGGUGUGGCACGAACAGCAGAUGCAGGGAGGCCUCCUGGGAUGGGUUUUGAAUGGAACUUUUAGAUCAAACAUGAAAGUUGCUCUCCUGGGAGGGGGAAUGGACUCACAGUUUGCUGGGGGACCUCUACCUCCUGAUAAACAUGCCAAAGAUAUUCCUUUUCUUGAUAAAUAUGCUCUUGAGAGAUGGGAGUGUGUUCUUCAUUUUAUGGUGGGUUCUACAGAAGGAACAGAGGGAGUCAGUAAGGACAUCAUUGACGUUUUGCUCAAUGCAGGCCUCAUGACAAUGGAUGGUGUGGACCCCAUGCCCUCCAUCACCCCAGCAGGUUUCCAGUUCUUGCUCAUGGACAUAGGGUCCCAAGUUUGGUAUUUUAUGCUGCAGUACUUGGAUACAGUUGAGGCUCGUGGUAUGGACCUUAUAGACUGUUUAUCGUUUUUGUUUCAACUUAGUUUUUCAACACUUGGAAAGGACUAUUCCACAGAAAAUAUGAAUGAAGGACAACAAAGAUUUUUGCAACAUUUGAGAGAAUUUGGACUUGUGUAUCAAAGGAAGAGGAAAAUCCAGCGGUACUAUCCCACCAGACUGGCAAUCAAUCUAGCCUCCGGACAGUCAGACUUCACCUCUGUCGGGAAGAACACGGGUUAUCUGAUGGUGGAGACCAACUACAGGGUGUAUGCCUACACAGAUUCUCCCCUGCAAGUGGCUUUGGUUGCCUUGUUUUGUGAAAUGUUGUACAGGUUUCCGACGUUUUCUGUGGGGAACUUGACUCGUGUUAGUGUACGAGAUGCAUUAAUCCGAGGAAUUACAGCAGAUCAGAUAAUAUCCUUUUUAAAAACCCAUGCUCACCCAAAAAUGACCAAAAAUACUCCAGUCAUUCCAUCAACAGUGACUGACCAGAUCAGACUAUGGGAAUUGGAGCGUGACCGCUUUAAAUUCAUGGAAGGCGUCCUAUACGACCAGUUUCUGUCGCAGAACGACUUUGAGCUGCUGAGAGAUUAUGCCAAGGAUUUGGGAGUUCUACUCUGGGACAAUGCAAUCAAGAGAGUAAUGGUUGUUACAAAGGGUGGCCAUGACGACGUGAAGCGCUACUGGAAGAGACAGAAGCAGUCAAACUCCUGAAAGGUCUACAUCCUGGAGUUGAUUUGGACUGCAGCCAUCUUGGAAAUCCAGACAGUGAUUCAGAUAAAUCCUGUCUGACCAGCAGCAGCAGACAGUUACCAUGGUAACGAAGCCCUGCUGUGAUUGGACAGAGAGAAAAUCAAGCAAACUUAGUGGCAGUUCUCUCCCAAGGAGAGAAAGAAAGCAGAAUCAAGCCUUGUUAGUGACUGGUGCUGUGCAAUACCUCAAAUAUUACCAUUGUUAUAGACAGAUUGAGUUUACAAAACUUUUUUUUACACAUUUAUAUGAAAAAAGCAAUAAAAUUGUUUGUCUCAAGAU